CACUCAUGGCAUGAGUUAGUAAUUGGCCAUUUACCAUUUUGUCCGGUGAGCGUUGCUGAAGAAAACGUUGGGUUGACGCAGAGUGUUAUUCUUCUUCCCUUCGUCUGAAAACCCUAAAACAUUGAAUCUUAGAUGGACUUGACAUGGUUGAGUGCCAUCCUGGUGGGGGCUGGUUACCUUGCUUUGGGUUACUUCAUUGGUUCUCAGUAUCCCCCUCGUUUCCUCUUCUCACAUAAAUUAUCGACUAAACAUAAAGAAGAUGCUUCACUUCUCAAUGACAACGACAAUAAGAAGAGGAAUACUAAGUCCAAACUCAAAGACCCCCUGGAGAUUGAACAACUCGCUGAAAUCCUCGAUGAUUUUAAGAUGAUACUCGUUGUCAGGAAUGAUCUUAAAAUGGGUAAAGGGAAGAUUGCUGCUCAAUGCAGUCAUGCAACGUUAGGUCUCUAUAAAAAGAUCCUUCGUCGAGCACCAAAGGCUUUGAAUAGGUGGGAGAUGUCUGCACAGCCUAAGGUGGUUGUCAAAAUUGAAAGCGAAGAAGAUAUGCUGGCUUUGCAAGAAAGGGCUAAAUCUCUGAAGUUACCUACCCAUAUCACAAUUGACGCUGGGAGAACACAGAUUGCACCAAAUUCCAGAACAGUGAUGGCAAUUCUUGGACCUGUUGAAGUGGUAGAUGAGGUAACAGGUGGUCUGAAACUACUAUAGUUUUCUGUCAGAUCAUCUUGGUGCAUUGCUUACCAUGAAGCAUAACAGAUCGAACUAAUUAUGGGCCCCGUGAAGAUUUACCAUGUUCUUUGUCCACAAAAAGAUUUACGAUUAAUCUUAGUUGAUAGUUUGAUGAUAACGAUGAUGAUGAAAACUUGUCUUUAGAGAUCUGGAAUCAUGUGCAAUUCAGUUUGUAUGAUAUAUUUACGGUGAUUCCAGGCUCAGCGCCCAAAAUUUUUAUUCACGAUUGGUUUUGGAAGGUGUAUGAAUUUUUUAAGCCAUUGAAGUAAAACUUGGAUAUGCCAUUCGGAAUAA